AUGGCAUGGAACAGGACAGGGUGUCAAAGGACCCUUUGUGACGUGUGGUGAUAUAAGAGCCGGCGGUGACACGGCCACGGCACAGUGCUCGGAGCACGCGACGGGACAGGACGGGACAGAGCGGUGCCGUGAGGAGCCCCCGCACAGCGCACUCCUUCCUGUCUGACCCGGAGCUUAUCUGAGUUACUCCUACAGCUGACUUCGCAGCCAGACUGCAGGACUGUUUGCCACACAGCUUUCCCAAAACACCUCUCUUCAAGGUGCCCUCGAGGCCAGACGCUGGCAUGGCGGGCAGAUUUCUCAACUUUUUCAAAGUGUUUAGCAGAAUAAAAAGGAGAGGCUCUAAAGUUCACCCAGCCCAACAGCCUGAAGAGCCAGAGCCGUUACAGCCAAUGCAGGAUGGUGCAGCCAUGGACCGCACACAAGAGCAGGACCCCACCCGUGGCCGCGUCUGCAGAACAGCGCAGGAAGUGACCAGCAACAUGGGCACUGGGUCCAUAGAAAACUGUGAGGACUACACAACCAACACCAGUGCUGCCUUGCUGGAUAUGCUUGUAGAAGAGGGUUUGCCCAGUCCAAAGCAAGUGCCUGCCAUGGUGAGGUUCAUCCAUCAGUGGCUCAUGGCCAAUGAGUCUGAUGGGCACAGGCUGGACAGGACCCUGCUGGAUAUCACCAAGGCACAGCCCACUGAUGUAGUGAUGACUCUCCUGCGUGUGGCCCCAUCGUGUGACAGAGCUGCUAUGGCCAUGUGGAAGACGAUCUUGUGCUCGCCCAGGACUGCGAAGCUGGCACGUUUGAGACUCCUCAAUGUGCUGGGGAGCUGGCCAGAGCACAGCACAUGCACCUCUGAUGGGGACACAACGAGAGUCUUAUCCCUGGCUGCAACUGUGGUGAUGUGGAAGAUCCUCCAGGAGCCCUGCAUCCCACAAAUAGUGACACUGUAUUGCACCCGCCUAUUUGUCCACCUGCUCUUCCAAGCAUACUUCAGCACUCUGGAUACACCAGAGGAGGUGGAUAAAUUCUGGAAGGAAUGUCAGCAGCAACACGGCUUUGGUGCCAGCCCCAACAGGUUUGCACUGGAGACCCUGAAAUCUCUGCUCUGCCGAAUGCAGUAUGAGGGUGUGGUGAUGGCAAUAGAGCGCAAGUGUGGCUGGGACACGCUGCUGUGCGCUGAUACCCAAAACUAUGCCGUGGGUGUGCUGGUCAGAGUAAUGCGCUCGUCAUCUAUACCCUUGUCUUCUGGAAUUGCAUUGUACCUGCUCAGGCUGCUCAGCAUGGAGAUGCCAUGCUGGGAUUUUGCUGCCCUGGCAUUCCUUGUGGAGGUCCUGGAAUGCUUGGAUGUGACCAAAUACGGGGCCAGUCUCAUUGAAAUCAUCUCAAAAAACCUGCAGAGCGAGUGCAGAGAGAGGCGUCGCCUGGCGCUCAGAUGCCUCAUGGUGCUUGGCCCCAUGAAUCCCUCCACGGCAAAAAAAAUCUGGAACCUGACUGAGAAUCUUGUGGAUGCCCUGCAGGAAAAUGAUAGCUUCAUGGUCAGGAUGACCAUCGUUGUACUCAGAUAUUUGUUCCUCUAUAAUGGUGCCCCUAUACGCAGCUCCAUCGCCCUGCGGCUGGCUGAGGCGCUCCUGCCACUCUUUGACAGCGAUGAUAUCCAGGUACAGCUGGGUUCAAUUACGGUGUUUGAAGAGAUGAUAGAUUUAUUAAUGAAAGAGGAGAGAAAGGCUCUGAAGACACACAUUUGCCAAAGCCUGGUCCCACUCUUCAUCUACUGCCACGAUGAGAAUCUGGAUGUGGCAGAGGCCUCCCGGGAAGCGCUGAUUCGUGUGGCUGAGUUCCUUAAGAGAAGGAAUCUUAUGCAGCUGGUGAAGACAGCGCAGCUGUGGAAGUUCGCCCAGUGCCUGCUGGCAGAGGACAGGAGCCGAGCGGCCGAGCACCUGCGCCAGGCCCUGCGGUACCUGCGGAGCCCACAGGAGCCCCUGCGAGAGGCGGCCGUCAGGUUCAUGGGGAUGGCCGGGGCACUCAUGAGGGGGCAGAAGGACGAGCUGCAGGUGCUCAGAGAGGCCCUUCAAGCCCUUAGCGAAGAAAGCAGCCCUUCCCAUGCAAGCACAGUAGCUCAACUUGCAUUCAACCAAAGAGCUGCAGAACUACGUUCACCUGAUGGCCCAGACAAAGCUGUGUCCCUUUAAGACCUCCAGGUGCCACAGAAGAGGAAACCACCUGGAGACCAGAGACCAGCUGGAGCUCCAGGCAGAGCUGAUGAUUGUCACAGCUCUUGUGGCUUCAGCUCUCUCCCUGCUUGUAUUUAGCUUUCUCUCUCCAGUCCUCAGACUGUGCCCAUCCGCGUUUUUUUCCUCCACUCUCUUUCCAUUUUGACAGCUCCCUCCUUCUAGCCUUCAGACCCUUCCCAUCCCCUUCUUUCCUUCCCAGCUCAUCCCUUUGCUUUGCCUUCCACCAAUAAAUAGUUUGGCUUCUUC